GCACGUGCGCAGUCCCGGAAGCGGCUCCGCGAAGCUGCACAGCGCGCGCUGCCGUUGGAAGCGCCGCCGGGUCCGCUGGGGUCGGGUCCGGCUGGGCCAUGGAGCCGUUGGCUGAGCCCGCACCCCGGCCCGGGCCCCGUUGUCUUCUGCUUCUCUCCCUGUUACUGUUGCUGCUGCAGCUGCUGCCGGCCCCGGAGCUGGGCCCGAGCCAGGCGCAAGCGGAGGAGACCGACUGGGUUCGACUCCCCAGCAAAUGCGAAGUGUGUAAAUAUGUCGCCGUGGAACUGAAGUCAGCUUUUGAGGAAACCAGCAAGACAAAGGAGGUGAUUGACACAGGCUAUGGCAUCCUGGAUCGGAAGGCUUCUGGAGUCAAAUACACCAAGUCGGACUUACGGUUAAUCGAAGUCACAGAGACCAUAUGCAAGAGGCUCCUGGACUAUAGCCUGCACAAGGAGAGGACCGGCAGCAACCGGUUUGCCAAGGGCAUGUCAGAGACCUUUGAGACCCUGCACAACCUGGUCCACAAAGGGGUUAAGGUGGUGAUGGAUAUCCCCUACGAGCUAUGGAAUGAGACCUCUGCGGAGGUGGCUGACCUCAAGAAGCAGUGCGACGUGCUGGUGGAAGAGUUUGAGGAGGUGAUCGAGGACUGGUACAGGAACCACCAAGAGGAAGACUUGACUCAGUUCCUCUGUGCCAAUCACGUGCUGAAGGGCAAGGACACCAGUUGCCUGGCAGAGCAGUGGUCUGGCAAGAAGGGGGACACAGCCGCCCUGGGAGGCAAGAAGUCUAAAAAGAAGAGCAGCCGGGUUAAGGCAUCGGGCAGCGGCAGCAAACAGAGGAAGGAGCUAGGUGGCCUCGAGGAAGACCCCAGCCCUGAUGAGGAUGAGGGCAUCCAGAAGGCAUCCCCUCUCACACACAGCCCCCCGGAUGAGCUUUGAGCCCAACCCAGAGCCCUGCGUACCGAGACCCCUGAGCUGGAGGCCAGAAGAAGCCAGGCUGCAGCCCUGGCAGGCAGGACAACUGUCCUGCUCCAGGUCCUCCCUCCCUGGCGGCCUGCUACCAAGAAGGACACAGGCCCAGGGAAGAACUUGCUGCCUCCCUCUGCCAGGCUGCGUGAUUGCACGCCUGCCCAGGACUCCAGUGUGGACCCAGGCGGGGCAGGGCGCCCUGGCCUUCACCUCCCCUCACUCCUCCCCAGCAGGGAAGCAAGACUGCGGGCCACUCCAACCCUGCUCACCCGCUCCUGUGGACACCUUGCACUCUGCCUGGCCCCCCGCACCCCCCACUGGGGCUCACAGAGUAAAAACGUUUUGGCCUUUUUUGUUCA